AUGGACGUCAACAUGUACGACAGCGGUGCAGAUGACAGCACCAAGAUGGUUAUUGAUUCGCAGAAGGCGGCACCAUCGCAACCCAGCUACAGCAAUGAUAGUGGGAUACCCCUUCCCGCUCAGCUCCCGGAUGGCCAGCCGACGACCCAAAUUUAUGAUAUCGAAUCAAUGAGACAUGUGCAGCUGAGCGACUUGUGUCGAACCUACAAGCUGCCCCACUCGGGAACAAUCCCGAAGCUGAAGGAAUGCCUGCGCAAUUUUAGUCGAAAUCCAAAGGUGGCAGACAUCGGCAAGCCCUAUGCGCGAAAUUCCCAUCUCGGGCCCAAGACCGGGAAGGCAUCAUCUCAUCAGAAGAAGUCUACUCAACGCCGUGAAGCCCUCUUCGAGAAUGUCCCUCCACCAAGCUCCACGCAGGGCCUACCUGUUGUCCUGUCGAGCGCGGUUGCCCUCAAGCAGAACGAGCGCGAUCUCGCAUGGGCUUCCAGCAUUAUUCAAAGAUAUCCGUACCGCACAAAAGAAGCGCGCACUAGGAUUGCUCAGGAAAGGCUGGCAGCGAGGAGGCACCUUUCGGGUUUGGAUGGCAAUCGCGAUUCUGCCACCGACCAGUCGAUUAAGAAGGGGCUCGAGGAUGCUAAUGUCAAUAUUACAAGGCUGCUCGACUAUGUAACGGGCGCCCCAUUUGUCGAUCGCACCACGCAUGCAUCAUCCAUCAGCAACAGUGGUGCAUCUUACCAUCACCAGCCUGCCACCAACAAUCAUCAAUGUAUGGACCCAUUCCCAUGCACCUCUAUCUCCUACCAGCCAAUCAUCUCAUCGCUACCUCCUUCCAAUGAAUCAUCCGCACCUCCUGCCACCAGAACCAUCACCCUUUAUAGUGGGGCAGCUCUCACCUUCACGGAAGCCGACGUUCCUCCCCCGCCUGCCAUCUCCUUUGCAAAGAACCUACCUGGACUCAAUCGGAUGUGGGACGACAUCUCAGAACACUGGAACCACCAGUCCGUUCUCGUGAUCAAAGGCAUUCCAGUUCCGAUAUGUUAUUGGAAGGAGGUCUACACGUCGAAAGGCUCCCCGAAAGGACAUCCAUGGAAGCAGAACCAAUGGAAAGGAUUGAAGGCUCGGUGGUUCGAGUGGAAGGUGCUUGUCAAUGAAUGGCGUCAAGGAACCCCUGAAGAAUUCUGGGCAAGGUUUCAAGCAGGCGGGAAGCGCCUCGGGUACAAGGUGAUUCUCGAUAGGCUCGCUGAGCAGCGGAUGGCCGAGAAUAGCCGCCUGUGUGAGAGGGCUAAGGUGGAAUACGGUGACGCAUUCCCCUCAAUUUUUUCGUACACUAAAAGUGGGAAGACCUAUGUGAAAAGUAAGGCUUCCGAUGUUGCGAAGCAGUACCGCGAGCUGAAGGGAAUGGUGGACGAGGAUGAGGAGGAUUAA